UUUUUUUUUUUAAAAUGUUGGAGUGUGGUGUGUGUGUGUGUAGAUUUUUGUUCGUCGAAAUCUGGGAAUCUUCUCAACACUGAUUGAUCGAACGCUUCAAAUUGGGAGAAACCAAUCUGCGAGCUCGAAUGGACAACUCGAGAUCGGAAGCUAUGGCUUUGCGUGAUUCCUGACCUGAUCCGUUGUGUUUCCUGAUUCGAGAGGUAAUCAUAGGCUGUUGAUUCCUUUAACCAUUAGAUUAUCGGGGAGAGAGAGAGCGAGAGAGAGGGGCAAUGAACGGUGGUGAUGAGGUCGUCGCAGCUACGACAGACGUGCCUCCGCCGCUGGAAUGGAGAUUCUCUCAGGUAUUCGGCGAACGCAGCGCCGGAGAAGAAGUUCAAGAAGUUGAUAUAAUUUCUGCAAUUGAAUUUGAUAAACGUGGUGACCAUCUUGCUACUGGGGACCGUGGGGGGCGGGUUGUUAUCUUCGAGAGAGCAGAUGCAAAGAGUGUCGGUGGAUCAAGAAGAGAUCUUGAGAGAACAGACAUUCCACCUCGGCACCCAGAGUUUCGAUAUAAAACAGAAUUCCAAAGCCAUGAACCUGAGUUUGAUUACCUGAAGAGUUUGGAGAUAGAGGAGAAAAUUAACAAAAUCAGAUGGUGUCAAACAGCCAAUGGUGCUGUUUUUCUCCUUUCAACAAACGACAAAACCAUCAAGUUUUGGAAGGUUCAAGAGAAAAAGGUCAAGAAAAUUUGUGAUAUGAAUACAGAUGCUUCCAGAGCAGUAGGAAAUGGAAAGGUUGCUAGUUCAAGCAGCCUGAACCCAUGCCCCAUGAAUGGGGGAUUGCCGGACAAAGCACACAAUUGUUUAAGUAAUGACUUCUCAUUCCCGGCAGGGGGCAUCCCAUCGCUGCGGUUACCAGUGGUAGUAACUAGUCACGAAACUAGUCUUUUAGCCAGAUGUCGAAGAGUGUAUGCUCAUGCUCAUGAUUAUCAUAUCAAUUCAAUUUCUAACAACAGUGAUGGUGAGACGUUUAUCUCUGCUGAUGAUCUGCGAAUAAAUCUUUGGAACCUGGAGAUAAGCAAUCAAAGUUUCAACAUUGUUGAUGUCAAGCCUACAAAUAUGGAAGACCUAACUGAGGUUAUCACAUCAGCGGAAUUUCAUCCUACACAUUGUAAUACAUUAGCAUAUAGCAGUUCGAAAGGCUCAGUUCGCCUGAUUGAUCUGCGGCAGUCUGCUUUAUGUGACUCGCAUUCGAAAUUGUUUGAUGAACCAGAGACGGCGGGUUCAAGAUCGUUUUUCACGGAGAUCAUUGCUUCAAUUUCAGACAUCAAAUUUGCAAAAGGAGGAAGAUACAUACUUAGCCGUGACUACAUGACACUUAAGUUAUGGGACAUAAACAUGGAUUCAGGUCCAGUAAGAACGUUCCAGGUUCAUGAGCAUUUGAGGCCAAAGCUCUGUGAUUUAUAUGAAAAUGACUUCAUCUUCGAUAAGUUCGAGUGUUGCCUAAGCAGUGAUGGAUUACGGGUAGCUACAGGUUCUUACAGUAAUUUAUUCCGGGUAUUUGGCAUUUCCCCCGGGAGUACCGAGGCUACAACCUUGGAGGCCAGCAAAAACCCUAUGAGGAAACAAGUUCCGACUCCAUCGAGGCCUUCAAGAUCAUUGAGCAGUAUAACACGAGUCGUUAGGAGAGGAUCAGAGAGUCCAGGAGCUGAUGCCAACGGGAAUUCUUCUCUCGACUUCACGACGAAGUUGCUUCAUCUCGCUUGGCACCCGACAGAGAACUCGAUCGCAUGUGCCGCCGCCAACAGUUUGUACAUGUACUGUGCUUAAAGAUAUAAGAAAGAAGAAAGCAGACGUUUCUUUUUUCCGGGUUCUUGGAAGCUUUUUCCGGGUUCUUGGAAGCUUUUUCCAGGUUCCCGAACGGUGAAAGCAUGGAAAACCGGCUCAGACUUGGGACCGGGUUUUCAUUUCUUCCAAGGAGGGGUAUGUCCGAUCCGAUUUCGAUUUUGAUUUUCUCGGCUCAAGUGAUUCAGACCUGAUGAAGCAUUAUUCCAUCAUAUCACAUCCAUAUCUCUCAGUGUAGAAGAUUGCGCUCUUGUGCUCUGAAGGUAGUAGUGAGUAUGAACGAUGUCAUAGGAAUCCGAUGAGGAGGCGAAGUGAUUUGGUAGCUCUCAAGUUUCAGUCUUUGUCGGCCUUUUUUAUGCUCUUUGGGUUUCUUUUGAAAAUUACAUGCCGGAAAGAUUUGGUGUAUUUUGCAAAUGAUCAUUGUUUUAUUGAUUCUUUGUUGUUUUAGUAGUUGCUUUAAAAUAAAUGCCACUUUGAUUCACAA